UUAGGCAAAAUCAAAACAAUGGGAUGUAACAACCUAACAACACCCUCUGAAUUCAUCCUCCUGGGGCUAUCCUCUAGGCCUAAGGACCAGAAGCCUCUCUUUGUUCUCUUUCUAACUAUCUACUUCAUCACUGUGAUGGGAAAUCUUCUCAUUGUCUUGACCAUCCAUUCAAAUACUCUCCUAAAGACCCCCAUGUAUUUCUUGAGCAUCCUGUCCUUUGCUGACAUUUGCUACACAACAGUAAGUACUCCAAAAAUGCUGAUAAAUUUCUUAUCAGAAACAAAGACCAUUCUGUAUGGUGAGUGCCUCACCCAGAUGUAUUUCUUCGUAUCCUUUAUUAAUGUAGAUAGUUGCCUCCUAGGCUCCAUGGCCAUUGACCGCUAUGUGGCUAUAUGCAGCCCCUUUCAUUACAUCACCAUAAUGAGCUAUAAACGCUGUUUCCUGCUGUUGGCCAUCUCUCUCUGCAUCCCAUUCCUCCACUCACUCCUUCGUGUCCACCUGAUUAAUAAACUGUUCUUCUGUGCUUCCAAUAUUAUCCAUCACUUCUUCUGUGAUGUCAACCCAGUGCUGAAGUUAUCUUGUUCAUCUACAUUUCUCAAUGAAAUACUGAUAAAGACAGAAGGACUAUUCAUCGUAAUGACCCUCUUUCAUGCAUCAUCAUCUUAUCUGAGACUCAUCACAGUUCUUACUGCUGGAAAGUACAAGGCCUUCUCUACCUGUGGUUCUCAUCUCACUGUGGUGACCUUUUUUUAUGGGAGUAUUACUUAUGUCUAUUUCCAACCUCUCACCAGCUAUACUGUAACAGUCAUCUAUACCAUAUUAACCUCCAUGUUGAAUCCUUUCAUCUACAGUCUGAGAAACAAAGACAUGAAACAAGGUUUGAGGAAGCUUAUGUUGUUAAGUGCACACAAGUCCACGGGAGUGUUUAAUGUAACAAGACCAUCAGAAUUCAUCCUCUUGGGACUUUCGUCUCAGCCUGAGGACCAGAAACCACUAUUUGUCCUCUUUUUAAUAAUGUACCUGGUCACCGUAAUGGGAAACUUGCUCAUCAUAUUGGCCAUCCACUCUGAUCCUAAGCUCCAAAAUCCCAUGUAUUUCUUUCUAAGCAUAUUGUCUUUUGCUGACAUUUGCUACACAACAGUCAUAGUCCCCAAGAUGCUGGUGAACUUCUUAUCAGAAACUAAGACUGUUACCUACGCUGAAUGUCUGACACAGAUGUAUUUCUUCCUAGUCUUUGGAAACAUAGACAGUUAUCUCCUGGCAGCCAUGGCCAUUGAUCGUUAUGUAGCCAUUUGCAAUCCAUUCCACUAUGUCACGGUCAUGAGCCACAGAUGCUGUGUGUUGCUUCUGUCCUUUACCAUCCCUUUCUCCUGUCUCCACUCCCUCCUGCAUGUGCUCUUGGUGAAUGGGCUCACAUUUUGUGCUUCAAAUGUUAUCCAUCACUUUUUUUGUGAUGUUAAUCAAGUUCUGAAACUUGGAGUAUUAGUGAGGAUAGACUAUAUGUGCUACAAUAACAAAUUAAUCUCAAAAUCCCAAUAG